UGUUGGGUUGAAGAAGUUCGUUGUUUGAAUCCUGUGGACACGCGUAGCGCUAGCGUCUUUCAGCUGGAUGGAUCGAUAUGGCACGACGUCAGUUUUUUUGUGCUAUAAUCCGAGUGUUCGCUUCAUUAACUCUCGUCCGAUGAUUUGAUAAAUUCUUCGUAGUUAUAUUUAUUUCAGCUGGUUUCCUCAUUGUUGUCUUACAGUAAUGGCUACUGUUGAUUAAUGCUCUUGAUUGGCUAAUGAUUCAAAACGAGGAAGAAAAAAGGAACAUCAGUCACACUUAUUGACCAGAUAGCAAAUGAGAAACACAAUUGUUUAACCAAGUCGAUAUUCCGAGUCCAAUGGAACUUAUGAAGUAACAGUUAAUAUAUAAUUUUAAUAAUAAUUACGCUUGAGCUUCACGAUAUAUUAUACCCGAUAUUUAUGGCAGCUUUAAGUUUCCUUUAAUUUAUUUUAAAUCACUGAAAGAUUUGAUAUUAGCACUACAAGUGAUUUAAGUGGCGGAUGGUUUAUAUAUCGAAGUUCUGUCGAUAUGUGGAUGGGUGUAGCGUCGUCAGCGUCGAGACGACAGCAGACACCGCCGCCGUGGGCAGUUUUUUUGCAUAUCUCGCGUAUCGGGGCAGACGUCAUUGUUAGUUAAGACAGCGCAUAAUGCAUGAUAUCGUCCAUAAAUCUUUCGGUGAUAAUGUACCGUAGUUCUGUGAUAUACGGCGGGUCAUAAAACCAGUUCUUGCUAAAAAAGAAGAGGUUUCGCGUGAAAUUGUGUUGUAAAUAAAUGGGUUAUUUUUUGUUUUAGGACUCGAUUCUGUGAGUGCUAUAUCGUCUGCCAUAAAUUAAUAAAGUCUGAAAUUCGUGUUUAGUUCUAUGUACGUGUAAUCACGCGAUCCAUAAAUAACAUUGGAGUAAUGACAGUCAUUUUUAAGAUAAAAAUAUGUCAUGAAGUAGUUAUGAGUCUUCCUAAUUCAGUAAUUGAUAAUUAUGUAUGAAAUACAUGAAUGAAAACUCUCUGUAAUUACAUGAUGGAGAAACACGUUUACUUUGUAGUAAUAUAUAAGUAAAUAAGCGUUUAUAUAAUUUGUGAAUUGGAGGAAAAUAAUACGUCUUGAGAUAAACGACACCUUCCAUUGAUUGCAUAAUGCAGUUUGGUGGUGCAUUUAGUUACCAGACAGAGCCUGAUUCAUGGUGUGAGCCUCUGAAUUUAGUGAAGAAAAAAAGUAAACCUGUGGCUGUUGUUGCACCAUCUUCUGUAGUUGAAAAGAAUAAUCCUGAGAAAGAAAUCUGCAAAGCAGAUUCAACCGAACCUGUGAUAAAGGAAUCUGAUGAUAUUGCUCCAGUGGAUUUUGAUGAUAAUUCUGGCAAGUUGGACAGCAUUAGUCACCUUAAGGGUUCGGACAGUGCCAGACCCACAGGAAUGUUAGAAGCGUUGCUUACUAGGAAAGACCCGAGUCAGUUGCAGAGGAACAGUGAUUUGACCCAAAAUAAUCACAACAGUGAAAAGAGAAAAAAUGGAGAUGCGAAAGUCUCUGGCGGAGAUCAGAAGAGUGGGAAUGAUAGCAAAAGGACCUCACCGGCCGAACACGCUGGAUCAUAUCCCGGCAUGCUCGGUGGCUUUGACCCUCUGAGACCUGACGGACUAUACUCCAUGAUCCAUAGCCUUGCUGCAUGCGAGCACAAGUUCUUGACGGCUUUAUAUAUGAACAGUCUGAUGAGUGCUGCUGUGGCCACACCGCCUGGUGUCAUGCACCCACCAGCACUGGGGUUUGGGUUCCCACCAGCGCCCAGUUACUUUGUUGGCUAUGAAAACUCUGCGCUUGCUGAAGCCUGUCGCAGCAGCCUGGUUGCCAACAAUGCCCCCAUCAUGAACAACUUGCUCUCAUUUGCCGACACACAACACAGAUUGUGGCAGAUGGUGAACUGGCAGCAAGAUAGGAUAGGCCCCAACACUGCAGAUACCUGUAACACCACCGUAUCCUCAACAGUGGAUCCUGAAAGAAGAAACAGUAUUACUCCAGAACCGGCUGUGUCCAGUAUUGUAAUACCCAUGCCCCAUUUGAUGACCUCAGUGCCUAUGUCCGAUGGAAGCAUGUUGCCGCAGAAGCCGAAGCCCCAUCCAAAGCGGUCAUCUUCAUUAGACCAGAAAAAUUCCACCUCCUCGGCAACGGAGGGAUCAAAAGCUCAGGACUCUGGCCAAACGAGUAAUAACCAAGAUAAAAAGAAGCCACACAUCAAGAAGCCGCUAAAUGCCUUCAUGCUGUACAUGAAGGAGAUGCGGGCGAAGGUGGUGGCAGAAUGCACACUUAAGGAGAGUGCAGCUAUCAACCAAAUACUGGGCCGACGGUGGCAUUCGCUAACGCGGGAAGAGCAAGCAAAAUACUAUGAGAAGGCACGCCAGGAGCGGCAGCUUCACAUGCAGCUGUAUCCGGGCUGGAGUGCAAGGGAUAAUUAUGGAUACGGCGCAAAGAAGAAGAAGAGAAAGAAAGAACGAUCGGCUGACCCAGGAGGGAACAGUAUGAAAAAGUGCCGCGCCCGGUAUGGUCUUGACCAGCAGAGCCAGUGGUGCAAACCUUGCAGGCGCAAGAAAAAAUGCAUACGGUAUAUGGAGUCAAAUGAGAGUAUGGACGGGAACCAGUCUGAGGACAACCUGGGGAGCUGUGGCAGCGUGGGUGAUGCAAAUACUCCUCCUGAUGAUGACAGGGAGAGUAUCAACCACUCAUUAUCAAGUCCAGGUGGACUGAGCGGACUGUCCAGUCUCACCAGCCCCUCUAUGAUACUACCGAGCCCAAGCACAAGCCUGGCCAGUCCGUCGGUGAGUCUGGCGAGUCCAUGCAUGAGCUUGCAGAGCCCAUUGACGCCUCAUGACACCUCUGCGUUUGAGUGCAAGACCCCAAUGAACGGACUUGGUGGAGGUAUCUUGCCUCCUCAUCAACCCCCCUCGGUUUCCUCAAACACAGGUAGCAGUGGAGGGGUAUUACCUUCUGUGCACCAUCAUCAUCCUCCACACCACGCUCCUGCCGGUCCACCUUUGCAUCGCAACCCCGUGGGCACAAACCCCCACGAUAUUAACAAUCCCCUGAGUGUGAACCAGUUAACGGGACAGUGCAUUAAGACAGAGAGUGGCAGUGGCAAGGACUCGUCUUCGAACUCGGCUCGAGCUGUGAUAAGUGUCACGUAGCAUUUAGCCAAGCGGCCAGAUGUCACAUCACCACGGCCAGCGGAAGCCGUGACCCAGGACAUGGCGUGUUCCUUAGAAGCAUCUGACUUUUAGCAUGCAUUGAAGAAGCGAAUGCAUGUGGUGAUGGCUUUUAAGACAAUCAAGUCCACAAGGAA